GAAGCUCCACCUGAAGCAUGCCUCAUGAAGCAGUGAGCAUAGCUGUACACAUAAAGUCUCACAUAUUGUCAUAAUCUUGGUUGUUACAAAUUAUUGGCUGAGUUCACAUGUGUGUUAACCUUUAUUAAGUGUAUUCCCUCUCAAAGCCCACGUACAGUAGCUCAAGCAUCAGUUUACAGCUUGAGUUUGUAUAAGAGCUGUGCUUGUGUUGUGAUGUUUGUGUGGUAUGCGGCUCUGUCUGUGUGGUGUUUUUGGGCCCCUAGAAUUCCUGCUGACAGGCAGACUGGAGCUUCGGUCCUGAACUGGCUCCGCUCUGAGCCUCUUUGUGGUUACGCUGUGUUUGGGCCUGAUGGUGCUGAGUCAUAUAGCUAGCUAGUCAGUCCCACUUAAGCCCCCAGAUUUUUAUCAUUGCUCAUUCCCAUGAGGCCGUGCUGGUUCAGUGUUUCUCUACCUUUUAGCUGUUUAUGUUGACCAGUCAUGUCUUUGGGAAGUCAAGUGUACCAGGUACAUGACAUUAAAGUAUAAUGACUUGUUUAUAGUCAGAAAUAAUGUGAUGAUGUUACUCAAUAUUUUGUUUGAAAAUGUUUUUAAGUCCAAGAGACAGCUUGCCAUUACUGUGGUAAUGUUAAUGUGAAGUCAAAGACCAAAAUACUUCUCUACUUUUCACCAAAACAAGUUGUCAUCCCAUGAGAGCACCAUAAAUGUCCAAACCAGGUGGUAAUCUUGGCUUUAAACUCAAAUGAAACAAGACUUGAAAUGACUGAAAUGUCAGAAUCAGCACCCUGAAGUAAAGACAUUUCGAUUAAAGCUCCUGUGAAGAGUUUUUAACAGGGUAUGAAUUAGACUUAAACUAAUAAUGAUGACUGUUUGUGACAUACAAUAACAAAAAUGAGUUUUAUGGUCACUAUACAGUUCAAUUUGAUUUCCAAUCGCACUUCUGCAGGGAAGGUGCUAAGCUGCACGCUGCUAAAACAGUCUGUUUUAAAAUCUUCCACGACAAAGAAAGCAUGAUAAGAUUUUUGUCAGAAUAAAAAAGUGAGCUUCAAAGUUUACACUUGAAGUUACUCACAAGAGCUUAGGCAACUAAUCUAGGACUGAAUCAAGACUUUUAUGUGGUCUGUACUAACUUUAGAAACCUGCUUUAAGAUUUUUAGAUGAAACAUCAUCCUGUUUUUUUUUGUUGUUGUUGUUGUUUUUUAUUUUAUUAUUAUUAUUUUUUGAUGAGGAUCACCUUGGAUCUCAAACUUGCAUCAGUUUGAAUUCAAUUGUUGGUCAUUUAAGGAAUUUUGGCAUCAUUUUUUUAUUUUCAUUUGCUCAUAUGUUUAUCUAUCUGCGCUAAUUUUUCUGCCCUCUGAUCCCGCUCUCUAAUUGUACCAGAUAUGGUUUCUUAAUCACUCCAUGCAGCCUCAAGUUGUUGCAAUCAGCACAUACCCUUGCUAAUGAGGGCCAAUAGGGGGUUAAAAUCUAUGAUUUCUCCUUAAAGAACAAGAGUCAUGGCAGUAAAUGAACAGUUUAUAAUUAAAUAUGUAUAUCAGUUUUUUUUUGUUUGCACUUAGAGCUACUUUCUAGACUGAGGCCUCUGCGCUUCUGUAACUUCAACUGUUUCUUGAAACAAGGCCUUGAUAUAGUGAUAAAGGUGGGACUAAGACUGCCUUGUUUCUAACUCAUUUGUCAGGAUUCAAUUUGGACUGUGGCCAUCAGUGAUGGUAUCAGUGGGGUUCACACUGGGGAUUCUGGGUGUAAAAUGCCAGAGCACAAAGCCAGAGUCAAGUAUUAUGUAGUCAAACCCAGCUGGCAGCUCCUUGGGCCCAGAUCAGUCAGAGUCCAUCAACAUUAAGAUUCCACCCCUCACCCCUUUUCCUUGUACGUCCUGCAAAUGAAAUAGUCUCCUCAUGUUGGACACAUGAAUCAGCUGUUUGACUUGGCUCUUUAGUGACUUCAGCACCAGGGAGGGAGGAAAGGGAGAGGCCUGCACCUCCCCUUUCUUCUCCUCUCUGUGAAUGUUUAAUCUUCGGGACAUAUUACCUCAGUGACCAGACCUAAGGCAACGCUGGAGUUUGUUAAAAAAUCCAGAAGGCAGAAACAAUUGCUGUCACCUUAAUGAUGCAACCGUGGCAUCAAUCCUUCGCGAUGGAGCCUUUAGAGUCAACAAAUCUCUGCCAGACUUACAGUGUGCCAUCACAUUUAACCUCUAUCAACAGAGUCCAAUUGGGAUUCAAGACACUGUGUUGUUGUUUUUUGUCCUUGAUUGCAAAAACACUCAAGAGGCCAGAUAGUAGAGUCGUAUGAGGCUUUAUUUACUGUCUCCCAGUACCACUGGUUUCCACUCCCGGUGAUUUUAUGAGCUGGGAACAAAGAGGUCCUUUAUGUCCCACUGCUGUUGUGGUUUUAACUACCUGUAGCAACAGCACAUAAAUGAGUGUUAUUACAAGGUACCACUGUUUCUAUUAUCUUUAAACCCAGAUUACUUUAUUACCUGUUAGUUCUCCAUCAGGCGGCCAUUGGUUUCCCCAAUUGGCAGUUCCAAUGUUGAAAGAUGGAGCCGUUGAAUAAAUACAAUACAGCUGCAGUUCUUUGAGGAGUGUUUACUGGAAACUGGAUGGCUGCAGGACCCAAGAAAGCUUUUUUUUGAGUCCAUACUAAAAUGCCUAUCUAUUUUCUAUAUUUCUACAUGUUAUUAAAACUCAACCACUUUGGCUAUGUUGACCUAUCUAUCUAUCUAUCUAUCUAUCUAUCUAUCUAUCUAUCUAUCUAUCUAUCUAUCUAUCUAUCUAUAUAAGUAUAUAUAUAGGUGUGUGUGUGUGUGUGUGUGUGUGUGUGUGUGUGUGUGUGUGUGUGUGUAACACAGAUGAGUUGAUGAGUUGAAGCCCUUUACAUGUAGCAGUUGUCAAGGUUAAGGAACAGUCUUUGUAACGCAGUCUCUGUUAGUCUGUCUUGAGUUCAGGUUAGGUCUCAACUCACCACUUCUCUCCCUCCAUACAUCCCACUCUUCCUCCUCUUCCUCCUCUCCUUUGUCUGUACCAUCCAUCAGUCUUCAGAGCCAUUGGAUGUGUAACUACCAGAACACAGGACACACCCCAGAGUCCUUCUGUCUCUCAGGAGUCUUAGAUUCAAGCUUGCCUAGCUGCAUUGAAGGGUACAUGUGCUCCUUUAUAGCAACAUGGCCACUUUCACCAGAAAACUAGUUUCCUUUUUUAAGCAAUUAGUCAAGUGCUUUAAUUUUCUGAGUAACACCUACGCUGGUGUUAUGGUUGCACUUCAAUUCCUUGACAAAACUGGUUGUGCCUGCAGCCGUUAGUAGCCUUGCUCCCAUGCUGGUUUCUUAACAAAAGGAGCAGAGCUGGCCGCCUCCCCGGGUGAAACACUUACUAUUAACAAGUACCCCAUAUAACCCCAGUUUAAAAGAAAAGAACUAACUUACCUGUGACAUUUAUAUAAAAUAAAAAAUAAUUAUUCCAUGUUUAAUAAAAGACACCUUAACGAUUAUCAGAGGGGAUUUUUGAUUAAAUGAAAUGUGUUAUGAAAUAUCCUUUAAAAAAGUCUCAAAAAGGCAUGAUUUUACCAGGAGUGUAAAAGUUCAUAUGAUUUUUCAAUCAUCAUGGUUUGCAUUGGUUUUACACUCGAACACAGAGCAGCAACACAUUUCAUUUUUAAUGUUUAAAGCAGUUUAAUCAUUUUUCUGUACUCUGUUUGAUCAAAAGUACAAGAGCUCAGAGGAACAGAGGAAAUUGUGGCUGUAGUCAAAGACUAUUUCUGUAAUAAAUUAUUCUCAUUAGAGUAAGCAGGUGUUUGUUGAAUAAUUGUUUCCAGUUAUGUGCUUGUUAUGUAACUGUGCAACUAAAUGAGAUCCAAAGAGGAGAAACAACACCUCUGUCCUGCAGGAUGUUUGUCUCGUCUCACAUUGGGACUCAGUGAAAAAAAUGUCCUUAAAUCCUGCAGCUUUAUCUGUUGGACUUUGCCCCAAAGUUUUAUAGUACAUGUACAUCACAUCAAUGCUCUCAAAAUGCUCCAAGCCUGUCUCUGUCUUGUUUAUCUGCUUCAGUCAAUCUGAUGUUUCUUUCUCUGAUUAGGGAGUGGAUCUCGCCCCAACGUCUCCAUGCCUUUGUUGGAUCAAACUUACUGUGUCUCUUUUUGUGAGCGCACAUGUGUGGCCAGACUCUGUCACACACAUUCCUUUUUCAUUCAGCUGGAAGAGAAAGGAGGAGAGUAAGACAAAAAGGGGGUGAAAGUAAGAGUGAGACAGAGAGAGAAGGAGUGAGUCAGGGGCUGGGGAGAAGGGAGGAGAGGUGGAGAGAGAGAGAGAGAGAGAGAGAGAGAGUGGGGGAGAAGGCCAAGAGACAUUUGUUGUUGAGUGGACGAGCACGGACAAUCCCUGGCACACAGCUCUUUGAGUGUCAUGUAAACCACCCCUUCGCUCUCCCUUUUUUGUCCCAUUCACUGACUGCCACCCUCCCUUCUUUCUGCCGCACCCUGUGGCCUCUCUGCUUUGGAUCUGGGGGGUUUGCCCGCCGCUAUAAAAGCCUCGUUUGUGCCCCGAGUGGGCUUCAUUCCACAUCAUGGAGAGCCAGAGAAUCCAGUCCUCAUACAGGAAACGCUUUGGGCCCCAGAGCUCAGGCAGCACAGCAGUUCGAAUUGGGGGCCUUUCUUCGAACCGUGUCUCCUGGCAUGGCACCCCCCGCAGCCUCACCCACUCUAGCCCCAUAUCUCGGAUCUCCUUCGGCUCAUCCAGCAGCGCCCUGCUGCUGGGGAGCCCUGGAGACCGGCUGGACUUCUCAGCUGACUCCCUGAUGAAGGCCCAGUACAAGGAAAUCCGCACCAACGAGAAGAUGGAGAUGAUGGGCCUCAAUGACCGUUUUGCCAGCUACAUAGAGAAAGUGCGUAUGCUGGAGCAGCAGAACAAGGUGCUGGUGGUCGAGCUGAAUCAGCUGAGAGGGAAGGAGCCCAGCCGCCUGGGAGACAUCUACCAGGAGGAGCUGAGGGAGCUUCGCAGGCAGGUGGACGGGCUCACUGCAGGGAAAGCUCGACUGGAGAUAGAGAGGGACAACCUGGCUUCAGAUGUGGCUAUGCUUAAGCAGAGGUGAGGGGGAGCAGAGCAGGACUCAUGAGGGCGGGAUUCAGAUAGAUUGAUGCUGUCACACUUUUCCAAUCAGAUAUGGUUAUACUCUUUGCUCUAAAUUCCAAGUACAUGGGCUUGUGUCUGUGAAUAAUAAAAGCAGUGCCAAAACCCUUACUUUUGGAUCCAGCUGGUUCUACUCAUCAGGUUACAUAGAUGAUAAAACCUCACUUUAGUCUGGCAUUCGUCAAAAGUGUUUCAAAUUUCUUUUGAAAUCAAAUCCCUGUGAUGUCUUGCAAAUUUUUUGUGGAGAAUAAAACAAGCCCUGUGGAGUAUAAAAUUAUUGUUAUGAAUCAAACAGCAUCAGAAAAAAAAAAACAAGAAACUCUCCAAAACUUCCUCCCUUCAUCUAUUCAGAUUUUAUUUAACAUUUAGCUUCAUUUCAUCGAAGAAAAGCAUAAAACCUCUUAUUUCUGUAUUUUCACUAAUUUGUUGCUAAGUUUUUUGUUAAACUGUUUCAUCCUUGAUGCUGCAUACUGAUUUCUAAACUCUAAAGAAUGAGGUGAGAAUUAUGAGAAGACUGUGGCAGAGUGAGGUCUUGAGGUGAAAAUUAAGUCCUUUUUUAAUUAGAAUUGUAUUUAUAUGCAGAUCUAGUCCGUCUCUGAUUCAGUGGAAUGCAGCCCACUGUGCUCUGCCUGAGCUUUACUCCUGGAUCCCUCUUUAUAAACUUGAUCCUGACUGAACCCCUCGCAGCUAUUGAGCAAGUGCAGAGGAAUGAGGCAAACACAAUGAAGGCCCUGCACAAUGGAGGCAGGCAGACAGGCAGGCAGAUGUUCUCUUGUCCCCAAUUCCUCCAGAACUUGGAUUCACUGCAGUGGGGCAGCAGUGUUUUUGUGCUCGUGAGUUGAAUGUAUAAUUUAGUCAGAAAAUAAGUGAUGAAUGCCCCUGAGGGAGGAAAUGUCCACUUCAGACUCCUUUCCAUCCACUAAUGACUGCACAGCUGCUCGUUCAAAGAAAGAGCACAGGGUGAAUGGUGAUAGCUGUGGCUGAGGAGGUCAAAGGUCACCAUUGUGAUUCCUGCAGCUUUUCAAGCACCACUCCAUUCAUUUAACUCUGCGUGAAGCUGUACAGAUGUUUGCCCAAAGUCUGGGACGUUAUGGUUUUAUGUGUCCGUGUGUAUAGCAGAUGUACCACAGAGUGAUGUGUAUGUCUGUGUGUGAGGCUGCACAUGGACCCUUUGUGGUUAUCUGUGAGUGUGAACUCCAUCCCGUGGGAAAGGCCUCUGGUGUGGCUGUUAAAUGUGAGUGAGAGUGUAAUGAUGCGUAAGCUGUCCUUUCAGAUGAGCCUCGGUCAUCCCCUGGAGCCUUCAGAGCUCCAGCAGCUCUGGAGCACACAGAACAAAUCUGCACAAAAUAUUAUUGAAAUACAUGCUCUGCCCUUUGUUGUGUGGCCUCAGUUAUAGAGGAGUUUCUCAUUUGUAAGUUAGAAAAAUAAAUGCUUUUUUGGAUGCUAAACCAACGGCAGCAGGCAGAAGUAGAGGUGGGUCAAGGCUUUUUGGGCAGGGGUGACCCAGCUGUGGGGUUGCACACCAUAGACUGUAAUAGACUGGGAAAGACAAUGUGGCUGUGCCUCCCGUCAUUGUACGAAUUUGAAGACAAAUUGCUCGGUAUUUCAGGAUUUCCUCCAUUUCCUUAUCCCGCGCUUUAGCAAUAGUGUAUAGUGGGAGAAUUAUUGUGAUGAUGCUCUGCUUAAACAUGUCCCCCCCGAUGAUCUACGCAACCUUUCUAUGCUCAUUGGCUGUAUGCAAAAUGGAGCUGCACAGGAAAAAAGAGGUCUAACAACAACUACAUGUCAACAUCACAAUCAAGGGUGAAAAAAAUCAGUAUGACUAAUAUUUAGUUUUCAAAGUUUGUCCACAGCUCCAUUCAUUUUGCUGCAGGAGGCGGGGUUUAUGACCUCUACUGCAAUCAGUCACCAGAGGGUGCUGUUCUCACUGUGAGCAGGCAGAAGACGUCCAUUCUAUAAUCAGUCUUUGGCGUCAAACAUAAACGAACAGCAUUUGGCUACCCUUUCUGUCUCUACUGAUCACAUCUUUUUUUGUUUGCAAACCUAUCAAUUCAAUGUUGUAGUCCUUGCAUUACUUUUUCUACCUUAAAAAAAAAAAAAAAAAACACAACUAAGUGGAAACAUAAAAACUGUCCCACCUGUGAUUUAAGAAAUUGCUCAUCAUGGUUUCAGGUCUGAGCUAGCUUCUGAUCAUGCUCCUGCAGAGAAGGGCAGAUUUUGAAUAUUUUUUGGAGUUUUCGUGGUUCAGAAUCAUCCUCAAAAAAAAAAAAAAAGAAAGCCUAAGAUUUCCUCUCUAAAUAUUUGUUUUGAUUUGGAAAUUCACUAUAUGCUGCCCCAGUUUGAUGAUGUAUUCCCCACCAGAGGGCUUACAUUUGUCGGGAGCAGACAUAAUGCAAACAAAGCACUGUAAACAGGGUGCUUAUCAAAAUGUUCCUGACAAAGAUAACAAAGAAACAAGGUAAUUGCUUGUAGUUGUGAUUUAUUAUUCCCUACCGUUGAUGUUGACCUCCAUUUUUGUGACUCUCUCAGGCUGCAAGAAGAAAGCGGUCUGCGUCAGGAUGCAGAGAACAGUUUGAAUGCCUUCAGACAGGUACUUCUGCAAACCUUCCUUUAAAUUUAUGAUCUUUAUAACUGACUGUAGGCUCAUUUCUUUAUGUGCAUGGCUCUCUUUAAAGGACGUAGAUGAGGCUGCGCUGAAUCGUGUCCAGUUAGAGAGGAAGAUCGAAGCCCUUCAGGAUGAAAUCAACUUCCUGAGAAAAACUCAUGAUGAGGUAAGGACUAAACUCUUUGUCUGUACUUUUAACCUCGUUCAGCCACCUCUUUUCAACGUCUACUCCACUUUCCCACCCUUCUCUUUUUCAGGAGCUGCGUGAGUUACAGGAGCAAAUCAUGGCACAGCAGGUGCAUGUGGACCUUGAUGUGUCCAAACCAGACCUGACUGCUGCUCUGAGAGACAUCAGGGUUCAGUAUGAAACCAUGGCAACCUCAAACAUGCAGGACACAGAGGAGUGGUACCGCUCCAAGGUCAGAAACUUCUCAUAUGCCUUUCAUAAAAUUGUACUGAGAAGUUAUUCAUAUCCAAAUUUGACUGGAUGUAACUGGGCUAAUGAGGGGGCUGUGAUGACAUCACACAAACUCACAGGCGGUUGAACUGACCGCUUUUGUCCACAGUUUGCUGACCUGACAGAUGCAGCCAAUCGUAAUGCGGAAGCGCUGCGCCAGGCCAAACAGGAGGCAAAUGAGUACAGGCGUCAGAUCCAAGUGGUGACCUGCGAUCUGGAGGCUCUCCGUGGGACAGUAAGUCAACUGAGAAACACAGUGUAAACACAGCAGUAUAAAAAACUGCAGACAUAUGGCUACAAUCACUCACCACCUUGGGAAAUACAAUAUUGGGGUGUUUUUCCAGAGUGUUAUUUCCUAAAAAAUCACAGCCAGGUGUAAGUGCAAACCCUCUGAAUCAAUAUGGAAACCUUUAGAUUGAGAUUUUAUAUACAUAUAGAGUGAAAAUUGAUGGCAAAUUAAAGCACUGAAAUUUUCCAACAUGAGUGAACACUUACACUAACAAUCAUGUUUUGGCUGUAGUUUCUUAAAAUGGGCUAAACUUCAGGAUGGCAUCAGUCUGUAAGGGUUGAUCAUGAAGCUUCUGUCUGACUGAGCUCGCGUCCCUGCCUCAUUUAAAAAAGACUGAACUAUUCCUUUAAGUUGUGAAGCAAUCUGUCUCCUCUUCGCAUACAUCUCUCUCUGUACCAAAGUGAUACAUGUAAACAGACACUGGCAUCUCGCAUUUGGAGCCAGUCUGUGCUGGAUGUUUGGUUAGUGUCCUGCUCGCACCUUCAUGUUAAUCAAAUGAACAGAUUUGUCUUUGGCAAAUGGCAAAGAUCCUCAGACUGGCUCAGUCUACGGUGUAACAGCUGCUUGUGUAGCUUUCAAACACUGUUGAUGGUUUCCCAUAAUUCAGGGGCUGCCGGAGCUGCAGUUGUCUACAGUGCUGUCAGUCAUGGUGUUUAGCCAAGUUUCAGCAUGAAUUUACCCCUAAAAAAGAUUGUUUUAAAAAAAACAGCAACAUAAAAUUUAACUUUGAUGACCAGAUUGAGAAAAUAUAACUGAUUUUGAACUGAUAUCAUCACCCAUAUCCAAUAAUCUGUUGUCAUGGAGCACCUUUUGUAACGGCUGUCUAACAUUUUGGAUCAAGAAAUUCUUGCUGCCGUCACAGCAACCACUACACAAGACUCAUCUAUACUACAGGCAGUCUCUAGGGGGAGCUCCAAGUGUCAUGACUUCACUAUUGGGAGCUUCUGAGUCUCUUUUUACAGUCUGUGGUCUCCCCUUCUGUUUUUUACAGAACGAGUCUCUGGAACGCCAGCUCAGAGAGAUGGAGGACCGAUUCACCAUGGAGACUUCUGGUUAUCAGGACACAGUGAGCCACUUAGAGGAGGAGACCCAGGCGCUGAAGGAGGAGAUGGCGAGACACCUGCAGGAGUACCAAGACCUCCUUAAUGUCAAACUGGCCCUGGAUAUUGAGAUUGCUACCUACAGGAAGCUGCUGGAGGGAGAGGAGAGCAGGUGACCCAGAACAAAAUACUUUUGUCACAACUGACACAUAUCCGCAAUCAAAGAUGGUUUUUCACACUGACUGAAAUUGUCCCUUUACUGAUCCUCUAGGAUUACCAUUCCGGUUCAAAGCUUUUCAAACCUGCAGUUCAGAGGUCAGUAUCAAACUUCAACUUGUGUUUUGUCCACUCAACUUGUCUAUGCAGUUUUUUUUUUUUUUUUUUGCAUUGUGACCCAACAAAGUAAUGUUUUAUAUUUGGAAGACUUCCUGUUAACAAAUAGACAUCACCAGACUGUUAGACCCAGACUUAAGGGGAUGCUGGAGUUGCCACCCAUCAGUUUGUGACCUUUGAGUUUGGCAUUUGGGCCCCCCUCAAAGUAAUUCUUCUAAAUGAGAUAUAUAGAGCUUAGUAAUAACUAGCUUACAAGCUUCAUGAGCAUAGUGCACCUGUGAUAUGCAAACAGUCUUUUGUAUCUAAUUUACAGGAAAUGGGAUCAAUAUUGUUAUUUGAAUGCAUUGUGUUGAAAAACAGAUUAAAACUGAUACUGAUCUUUUUUUGACCUUCAAAAACAAAUGACACCACCAGCAACACGGCUGAGGAUUAAUCUGUUAUGAGUUUUAAAGCUUAAAUACACUUUGAGGGGGUUGGUAUCAGACCUGUGGGUUGUUCAGAAGGUUGAAGAAACCUUUCCCACAGCCAAUAUUCCCAGUGAGAGAUACAUUUCACAGUUACAAGACAAGGGGACAAGGUUUUUGUCUGAAAAUACCACUUUUUCAUGUACAGGUGAGAAAUAAGAGGUAUACUGUUGUCCACAGGGGGCGCCAAAAGAUACGCUAACCAAAAGUUCCUCACAGCAGCAGAAUUUUGCAGUUUGAAGUACAAGACAAAAAAAUGACCAACCAAAGGUCAGUUUAGCACAGGACUCUUCCUUUUGCAGCCAAUGAGGUCUCCCCCUGCUGGUCAUUCAAAAUAAAACAAAAUUCUAAAUUAAAUUAAAUAAGUAAAUAAAUAAAUGAGACACAUCAAAGGUACUUCUGCAGUGGCUUCUCUGUUAAAGGAGGAAGAGGAAAGAGGAAGAGAAAACACCCUCUCCUAAGUACAGUCUAUGCUUACAAGUACAGCUGCAGAAAUUAUUACUUGAUAGAGGAGAAAUUAUUCGUUAUCCACAUUUGUAGAUUUUUUAUCGCAGGAAAUGAAAAAUAGUGAAAUGAAGUCUGAUUUUUUUCCAUGACAAACAGAAGCAAGCAAGACCACUUUAGAUAGGAUUGGUUAUUUCUAUACAACCUCUUACCUGGGGUCCAUGUUUUAGACUAGCAUGCCACAGAAACAGCUUUGUUAAAAUUAAAGUCUAAAAAAAGUCCUUGUGGAUGACACGCAAGACAAUUAAAAGAAUGCAGGGAGAGUUUCUUUAUCAGGUAACAAGACUUAGUGAAAAUGUACAUGACAAGAUGAGAAAGAAACAAACCUUCCUGCUUUGUUCAGAAGAGGUGCAUAAUUGAACACAACUUGGACAAGGAUAAUUUAACAAUGUGAGCUUGAGGUGCUCCGACCAGUGUACAACAAAAUAGAAAUAUACACUGAAAUACUCUGACAGUUUACAAACAUGAUGUAUUUUCACAGAUAGGCAUGUCUAAGACUGAUUACAAUUAUAUGAGUUUAGACCCUUUAAUCACAAAGUGUUUUAUGUUUAUUUAUUCUCACUUUCUGUCAUCGGUCUGUCUUAGUGGCAGUCAAACCCUCAUUUUCAGAGUAUCUCUCUGUGCCUCUCUAAGCAUAUUUGAACGUUUUCUCCUCAGGUACACUUCAUUUAAUGAACAAGGCAGUGCAUGAUAUUAGAUGGGAAUAACCUCAGACCAAGAACAUUUUUUAAAUUGGCAUGCCUCAGCUCGCACCAAAUGUAACCUUCCUUCCACUCAUCUUUCAGAAACUAAUCUGGACACUAAAACCCCAGAGGCCCACGUAAAGAGGAGUAUCUUGGUUCGAACUGUGGAGACCAGAGAUGGAGAGGUACAAAAUGUGCUAUCACUCACUCACUCACUCACUCACUCACUCACUCACUCACUCACUCACUCACUCACUCACUCACUCACUCACUCACUCACUCACUCACUCACUCACUCACUCUGCACAUCAAACUGAAUUCCUCUGGGGGGCAAUGUUGGACCCUUCUGCCGGCUUUAACACACACCUGAUGCCAUGAAAGUCCACACACUCACCAGAGAAUUGCCCUAUUUUCAGUGUGUUUAACCCUAAUCUGUUUUUAUUUUCAGAUCAUUAAGGAAUCAACAACUGAACACAAAGAUCUGCCCUGAAGUUUUACAACCAUCUGGCCCUCACUCAUGAUCUUAAGAUUGGAGCACUUCUUCCAACAUUUGAUUUUUAUUUCCAAACCCCAAAGCUGCCCUAAUCAUUUGACAUUGUUUUCUUCAGAGUCUGCAAGUUAAUAAGCUAACUACUCACCAAAUUUGGCUGUUAAAUACUCCUUAAAGCAGUCAUUAAAGCCUCUACAAAUAGGUCCUUGGAGCUUUUGUACUGAUAGAUUCAAAACUUGAGUUUGGUGGAGGUCAGCUGUCCUAAAAGUUGGCUUCAUUAAAGCCUCUUGGAAAUAACUGAUGACCUGUUAGAUUUUAAACUGAACUGACAGACCUGAUUUUGUAUAACUGUUUCAGAUUAGUCGCCGUAAAGGAGGCUGUGACAUGUAGCGGUCGUGUUCAGCUAAUAUGUAGUGUUGUGGAGGUUGAGAUGUGGUGUUGUGUAUGUGAAAUGUGUGAUAGAAGGUCCUGGAGGGAGAUUUUGUUUGUGUCAGAACUGGAUUUGAGCAGGAAACAUGAGUUGAGUGGGUACAUUAGAGCAGCUUUUGGCAGGACAACAGGUGGAUUUGGGAGGAUUUAUCUAACCGUGUAUGGCCUUGCAUCGCAUUUCAAGUGCUUGUUGUAGCCACCUUACUCACCUCUGUGUUACUUACUGUAUUAAAGGUUCUUCAUGCCUGCCCAGGUGUUUUCAAAUGGUGCAUUACUGUCUCACUACUACAUCCUAAUAUCCAGCAAAAAGUAAAAAUCACUGGCUACUCUCCCCAGUCCGGUUGUCUUUGUCGACUGGGGAGUGAGUUUGAUUAAAAAAACGACUUAUGAGUCUAGUUUUAACACAUUCUGAGUAAUGUUAUUAUGCUCAAAUAUGGUUUUACCUUAUAUACAUGCAGAUUGUCUUGCUAAGUUUGAUAAAUACAGUCAGGUUUAACAUUUAAAAUUCAAGCUGUCCUCCAUCACCCCCCUUUCUAUCUCUUGAACGCAACCUAAAAAGACCCCAUUAUUUCCCGAUACUCGGACAUGUCCAGUCAGAGGUGACAGGGACAGUACCAGGUUGGAUGUGUUGGGAGAGGUGUCUGGAGACUGAUAUGACCUUUGCCCCCCAGCUUCUAUGUAAUUCACCAGCAUGCUUGACUUAGAGGGCCAGAAAGAUGCUGUUUUUCUUAUUUUGAGAAGGAUACUGAAAGGGUACAAAAAGAAAAAAAAAGAAAGCAGGAGAAAUGGAUGGAUAGAUAUCACAGCUGAAACCCCCUAAUCGCAGCCUCUUGCUUCCCAGGCUGUCUGAAACCCCGCUGACAGCUCCUGCUCUAAUGAGAGUUUUUCUGCGCUGAAGCUGCUGGUGGCUGCGCUCGUCACCAAGGACACACUGUGAAUUUGUUUUCCCAUGUGCCUCCCUCCCUCUUUCUAUCCUCUUCAACCUCUCCCCCAUCACUCAGCUCCUUCUGUUGUUUCUCUUUAUAACAUGCAGGCCCUGUUUGUAUCCCCUGUUUUGUUUUUAGUGUUAGACAGACUCCUGUAUUCCCAAGUAGAAAAAAAUUAUUUCUGCUUUAUUUGGAGGAAACCUCCGUCUAUGUGAAUAUAACAGUAGUCUUGACCAACAUGCUCUAAUGUCAUGUUAACACACCGACAAUAAACCCUUUUGUUUGUUUGAGA